GCACUCGGCAGCGAACGCGAACGGUGGUACGUGGUUACGCGCGCGACACAGAGACGUGCAAUCGAGGGCGUCGCGUACCCGCGACGAUGACGACGCCGUGAUCGCAACGUGCGGCCGCCUUACGUUUCACGGACAGUGCAGACACGAUCUCGUAGGAGCGAACGCGUCCGCGCGCGCGGCGUCAUUCCCUCGCGGAGACAGUCGACUCAAGUGCGCCAUGAUCGACUCGGGACGACGAACCCGGCGACGUCGUUAGGUGGAAUUUCCACCAGUGUGCACCCCGACCAAGUGUUUCGGUGAGUCGCGCGCGUCGAAACGCCAACCGGAAGCCCCGGCCGUGCGUUCGCCAACGACGACGCUGACGCGAGCCGCCUGAACGUCGCGCGAGACGACGUGACGCGCGACACGGGGUGUUUCGCGUCGCGCGGGGGAGUACGUGCGUCCGGUUCCGCGAGUGCAUGAACCCGACCGAGGGGGCCGGCGAGGGAUGGCCAACGCGAUUAGGAUUCGACGGAGGUGAUCCUGUCCGCUCGUGACAGCUCGACGACUCGCUCGGCUCCGGGCGAGACCAAGAUGGCGCCACCGGCGUUUUGACACUUGCCGAAGGACGACCCGUCAGCUGGACUACACCGUCACCCGCAGGCGAUCCGUCUAUUAUGAGCAGAGAAUUCUACGUACCCUGCACACCUUACGCGUAUCAGCAGUGCGGCAGUGGCAGCAGCGGCGGUGGCGGUUCGACGGAGGGCGUCGUAGUGAGCGUCGGUGCCGGCAACGGCGUCGGCAGCGGGGUCGGCGUCGGCGGUGGCAUGGACUGCAUGCCCCUGCGUCCCGGACCGUUCCAUUACCUGAUCAGCGAGCAAGCCAAGUCCCUGGUGGCCCUGCAGGAAUUGCAGAAUGAGGUCGGCGCUCUCCUCGAAUUCCGGGACCUCGUCAUCGAGACGUUCCCAAACCUCCGGCACAAGAUGGCCGCGACGGCGUCCGCGGGUGCGUCCGUGAUGUCAUCCACAUGUGCCCAGGGUUCGCACAUCCCACUGCCGUUGUCGAGCCCAUCGUCGCGUAGGAUCGGCGAAUGGGAACCCGGCAAGAUAAGGCGACGAGUGACGCGCGAAGCUGGAGGCAGUGUUGGCGGUGGCGGCAGCGGUGGUGGAAGCGGCGGCAGCGGCGGCGGCGGGGGUGGCGAGUCCUCGUCGUCGUCGCUGCCUAGGAGUCGCAGCAACUCUCACAGCGGCGGCACCAAGAACAACUGUAGCGCAACCGUCCAAGAUUCGGGCUUCAGCACGGAGACCUCAUCGAAGGAUAGUGCCUCAACGGCGAUUGCUCCACGAGCGAGCAGUCCGCGGCCGAACGCCUUGGAUGAGGCCGAGGAUGAGCUCUGGAACCUACUGGACGUGAUCCACCGCAAGGGGAUUCGAUUACGGGAGGAGGUCGAGUGCCUUCAGGGUCGCCUGGAGAGCGUGGCGACGGAGGAGUUGGCGUCGGCGGAUGUGUUGGAGGCCAUAAGGAAGGUCACCGGCCUCAGCGAUGGUGACGAGAGCGUCGAUCGGCAACAGGAGCAACUGCAGCGGCAGGAUAGCAGGGAUCCGCAGGUGAUAGCGCUCAGGCGGGAGAAGGAACAGUUGCUGGACAAGGUAGCCGAACUCGAGGCGGAAACGAUAUCAAGUCGCGCUCGCGCCCAGGAACUGCAAACUGAGCUGGCCGCUUUGUCGGCCCUGAAAACCGGUCUGGAGGAUCGGCUGCGGGCCGGACUGAUCGAGAACACGUCGGACAUCCUUGCACCAGGUGCGCAAAGGCUGCAACCAAUUGCGCCGGUAAUCUCGUCGCCGAAGAACGCCAGCAAUAUCGGCAAUAUCAAGAGCAAGGGUUCGGCGUUCGCAACAGUCGCUAGUCCCGGCGGGAAAGCACAUAAAAGUCGCUUCCGCACGAGGACCAUCGAGAAGAACGUGCUGCUAGAUGUGGUCGGGCGUUGCGACGAACCACGUAACAUCGACAUCGACAUCGACGCCGGCGUGAACGAGAGGCGAGCCAGGCUGGGAGCACUCGAUUCCAUCCUAGUGUCGCCCACCAGAGUGGCUAAUGUGAGGGACGUAGAUUCGAAGAAGAUCGCGGCCAUUCUUCGUGAGCACUCGCCUCUCGAGCUUCAGCGGCAUCUAAUUACUACUACCGUCCACAAUCAGGCCCUACAGAAAAGACUAAAUGAAGUAGAGAAGAGCACAGAGACUCUUUCCGAGCGGCUGGAUAAGGCGCGCGAGGAGAACGACGAUCUACGGUUUCAGUUGGAGGAGCGAAACAUCGAGCUGGAGGGCACGCGAGCACGGGUGCGCGUGUUGGAGCGUCUUCAGCAACGUCCGCCGACGGAGACCGAGCCCGAGGCGGACUCGGAGCAGCCUAGAUGCGAGCAGAGCGGUCUCGAGCCUGGCAGUAGUACGGAAUCUGCACGCGAUCAUCAUCAACCGGUGGAAAUCAAACCGUCGCCGCGGCGACGUCCUAGUCGUAUACCUCUACCUGGCAGUGCGUGCAGCAAAGCGAUAUCGUCCACGCCAUCAGCGACAGCCGUUGCAGCGAACGCGACGGUGACCGCACCGCCUCGACCAUCCAGUCAUGGCAGAAACGAUAGCAGGGAAUCGCUCAAGUCGCUUACGAGACCGCCGCGUGAUUCUAGUCGCGACAGUCACAGCGGCGGCAAGUCGCUGUCGAAGCCGCGCGACUCCAGUCGGGAUUCGCUUGGCAGUAGGAGCCUGUCCAGGAAUGGCGCCAGCAACAGUAACAACAGCGCCAGCGGUGGUGGCGGCGGCGGCAAGGAAACGAACCGGGAGUCAUCCUUGAACAAUCGCUCCCUGCCACGUAACAAUUCCAGCCGAGACUCCCUAAACAAAUCCUCCUCGCUGUCCCGCGCUCGCGACUCGCUGGAGUCUAACAACAACCUUGGCGCGUCCUCGCCCGCCACGGGAACGACAACGGCGAACGUCGGGCCUCCUCGGCGACCGCCCGCUCCCGCGCGCCGUUCCCACAGCCUGGCGCGCGCGGCGACGUCCGUCGACGCGUCCGAGAACGGCAAGAGCUGCACCGAACCACCGAGUUCCUGGUGCUCAAGCAACAGCAGCUUCCGGCACAGCGACUCGUCUCUCUACCCGGACUCCCUGAAUCAGGAGACUUCGUCCGUCACCGGUUCCACGAGGGUAGAGUUCAUGAUCGGCUCGCCCACCAGGCGCUUCCGCACGAGCACCGCAUGGCCGCAUCGCUACUUCGACAGCAUCGACUCGGCGGCCACGGUACCGGAGAGCCUGCUGACCGACGAGUUUCCGUUGCGACGCGGCGAAGCACUGGCCGAAUGCGACUCGCUCGAGUGCCAUCCGAUCUCGAGCGAGGAUUGAGCGGCGAUCGGUGAUAUCAGCUUCUGCGCGCUCGCGUGCACCCGCGGCCUUAAUCCGUGAUCGAGCGUGUCACGCGACGACGGGAUGAGGGACAUCACGUUCAGCUAGACACGUGCUGAAGGAGAUGACGCUCGCACUCUCUCUCAGUGACCCUUAACUCGGUGCCUUUUUAAUAAUCUCUUGGAAGCGUUUUCAGUUUGCUCGCGGAAUCGCAUCUUACCGUUGGUGGUUCCGACCGAGAGAAAUCCAGCGUUGCGAUAUUUGUGUCUUUAAGGAGACGCAACGGUACCGUUUCCCUGCAGGAACCUAUAUAUACUGUGUACUUCCCUCGACUGGCAUUUAAGUAGCAUUUCAUACACCUUUUUAACACGGACGAAGGACUGCAGAGCGAGUGAUCCUUGCUGUCCAAUUAAAACUGAUAUAGCAACUUUCUCGUACAUCGAUUUGUAACGAGCGCAUAUUUCACGUAGCUGACAACUGCGAAAAAACAUAUUAAAUUUAUGAUAAGUUUGGACUCGCGAUAUCGGAGCAUGGUCGAAUUUUCGAAUUACAUAUUGAAUUAUAUUUCGUAUAAAUGUAUGUUUAUUCCUCCUAACGUAAGGGAAAAGUACGUGCACAGAUUUAAGUAACAGUCAUUUCGCAAUAUUUCUCGAUGAAGGAUUUUCUGCACAUAUUCAUAAUACUUUUAUUUUUGUUCAGGCUUUUCAUGUAAAACAUACUUAACUCAUCAAUGGUAUAUAUUUAAUAAUUCUCAUGAAUAAUUCAACAUUUUUGAAUAUUUUAUAAAGUCAAAUUAGCAAAUUCAAUAUAUUGCUUUUGAUGUUAUUCAAUGUUGUUUGAACUUUGAUAUGACAAUGCAAAAAGAGUCAUUUGAGUCAUUUAACCAACGUCAAGGAUGAGUUUGUUAAAAACAAACUUUCGAUUACUUGGUCCACGUUCGGUAAGUAUUUCGGGACUUUUUUUUCAUGUAGCUAGUAUUUUCAUACGAAUAUUUAUAAUUUUUCAUCUCCGGGCGAAGAAGCAUUUAUCGAAACUUUAACGAAUAAAGCUGGUAAUUAGCUCGCAACCGGAGAACAUCGGAGUCGACAACCGACAUUCCACACGACGUCCAAGCCGCGACUUUGUAUUCCAUUUAGCAUUUGUACCUUCGAAGUUGAGUCUGCGUUGUGAUCGAGAUCGUUUUCUUAUUUAUUGCGCUGUGUGUGUGUGUAAGGAUACAUUGUAAUGGUGCGGAUUUGUGUCUGACGAGAGUUUAGUUUAGCCGACGCGACGCGGAAAGAGAGAGAGACCGAAAGAGAGAAGCGUCGUCGUUUGUAUGGAGUGAAUGGAACGCGCGAAGAUGAGGGAGUUGAAUCCGGAACUCAGCGGCGGUAUCGGAAGCGCAUCGAGCGCACUGCUCACAUUCUUUCGAAUAUAACACAUAUCACAUUUAGCAUCGAUCAUCGUGCGCUCACUCGCAACGCUACGUAAAUUACGGACGUGCGAGCGACAGAUCCGAAUUUCUCCUGAUGAGUUUCGGGGAAUGCGAGGAAAUAUCCAUUAGUAUUUCUUCACGUUCGAUCAGGGUGAAUUCGGAUUGAUCAGUUGUUCGUUCGCGCGACGUGCACCUUAGUCGAGAGCGAUAAGAUUAAGAGCGAGAGCGACGUUGAUCCUUACUCGUCGUAGGGGAGGUAGCAGGGGAUGCUUUUCGGGAUCCGCGACUCGACUCGCGAUCCCUGCAGAGGAGACGAGAGACAAGACACUAUGUACCACACAGUUCCUCGCUUCAACAACCAAUUUUAAUUAUUUAUAACUAUAUAAGGGACGACGUAACGUCGCGCCGCGAAAAGCUGAACGAUAAUCACAGACGGAGCCUGUGAUCCUCUAGCUGUAGAUUACCGCGAAACACAUGUGAUUGUAACGUAUAGUUUAAGGUGCGAGCCACAGGACUGACGGACUUUACUUAUCCUUUUAUUAGCGCCUAAUGUCUCCGCGAACGCGGCUGAACGAACCGAGGGGGAGGGGGCCCCUCCGUGCCCCUUGUUUCUCGCUCUCCAUCUCGUGCGGAGGGUUCGUAACGCCAGCGGAAAUGCUCAGAUAUUAUUGUUACUCGUGUACAGCCGGUGGACUCUGGUGCCCGUAUCAGCGCGCCGACUGGAGGCUAUUAUUUUUUAUACCUUUAAUUAAAAUUACGUGCGCGACGGCGCGGCAGCCUCCCGAUCGACGGCUACCGAAGGCGCUCUUCGCGUCACACUGUAUUAUACCUUUUAUCUAGUUUAGAUAUGUAUUAUUACUGGAGGAUGAUUAAUUUUAUUUGUUUUGCGAUGAUACAUACACACACGACACAUAUACGCGUAUACACGUGCACAUCGGGACACCGUCACAUAUGUACAUAGACGACGCCGCGUUAUUAUUUAAAAGGAUAGCUCUAAUGUAAAUAAAUUAUCUGUAACGAAUCUGCGACAAUGUGAUCCGAUUAAUAAAAUGAAACUACUUGAAGAUAA